GCGGAGCGGGGUCGGGUUUUGCCAGGGCUGGGUAAAUGGGCUCGCGGAGCUCGUAGUGGUGCGGAGCCGGGCGCUGCAGAUGCGGCUGGGGGAGAGCGCUGCGCUGGGCUGGCACUGUUUGUCUGAGGAUCUCCAAGCACUCCAUGGAUAUCUAGCCUCACAUCUCCCCUGUAAGAAAGGCACUGUAUGAGAGACUGAUGAUGAUCACGUUCAUGAACAGCUCAGACAGUGAAGAGGAAGCCUGCAAUGAGAGAACAUCACUGAUAUCAGUGGAGAGCCCUCCUGCAGCCUCCUACCAGGAUGGCCUGCAAGCACCAGAAGCAGCAGAAACGCAGACGUACAGGAAGAGGCAUACUGGUGGCAGUUGUAGCCCUAGUGAUGCUGACAGCGGUAAUUCUGACUCAGGACUUCCAGUAAGAGACAUUGCUGUGGACAAUAAAGAGGAGGAACUGACCCUGAAAUAUGGAGCAAAGCAUGUGAUCAUGCUCUUUGUGCCUGUCACGCUGUGUAUGAUUGUUGUCGUUGCCACCAUAAAGUCAGUGCGCUUCUACACAGAGAAAAAUGGGCAGUUGAUCUACACUCCUUUCAGUGAAGAUACACCUUCAGUGGGCCAGCGUCUCCUGAACUCCGUGCUGAAUACCAUCAUAAUGAUCAGUGUUAUCAUCGUGAUGACCGUGUUCCUAGUUGUGCUGUAUAAAUAUCGUUGUUACAAGUUUAUACACGGUUGGCUGAUUCUUUCAUCCCUGAUGCUGCUGUUCCUUUUCACCUACAUCUAUCUAGGCGAAGUGCUGAAGACCUACAACGUGGCUAUGGAUUACCUCACCUUGUUCUUUGUCAUCUGGAAUUUUGGAGCAGUUGGGAUGAUUUGUAUCCACUGGAAGGGUCCCUUGCACCUCCAGCAGGCCUAUCUCAUUAUGAUCAGUGCACUGAUGGCAUUGGUUUUCAUUAAAUAUCUACCUGAAUGGUCAGCGUGGGUCAUUCUAGGAGCCAUUUCCAUUUAUGAUCUGAUUGCUGUGCUGUGUCCCAGAGGGCCAUUGAGAAUGCUGGUAGAAACUGCACAGGAGAGAAAUGAACCUAUAUUUCCUGCAUUAAUAUAUUCUUCUGCUAUGGUGUGGACAGUAGGAAUGGCAAAGCAAGAUGCAGCAUCAAGGAGCCUUACUCAGCAGACAUGGGAUUCAGCUGAAGACAUGAGAAACAUCCAUGACAAUCCUGCGUACGUGGAGUCCGAAAACGCUGAGGCCAGGAGUCCGGCUCCAACCCAUCCAACCACUUCCUUAUUAGAGGAGCUGGAAGAGGAGGAAAGGGGUGUCAAGCUGGGCCUUGGAGACUUCAUAUUUUACAGUGUGCUUGUAGGGAAAGCAGCUGCCACUGCUAGCGGAGACUGGAAUACAACACUGGCCUGUUUUGUAGCCAUCCUUAUAGGUUUAUGCCUGACUCUUUUAUUGCUGGCUGUGUUCAAGAAAGCAUUGCCUGCUCUUCCCAUCUCCAUCACCUUUGGGUUGGUAUUCUACUUCUCAACAGACAACCUGGUGCGACCUUUCAUGGACACCCUUGCAUCCCACCAGUUGUAUAUUUAAAGGUGAAGACAGAUGAGUAGGAAGAUUUUUUUUUUUUUAAAGCAUUGUUGUGAAGUAUGGCAUUUUAAAUGAGGAAGUUGUAUAGUUUUACACUUAGUGCCAUAUAUUUUUAAGAGAACUUUUUAAAACUAUCAUGGGAUACUUAGUAAAAUCUAGUAGCUAACAUCUAGAGCUUUUUCAAGGGAGUUAGGCACCCAACUCCUAUUGAAAUUCACAGGAAGUUGAGUACCUAACUCACUUGGGCUCCUUGAAAACCCAGCUUUGGCAUUGGUGCCUGAGCAGUACCUGAAUGCACUUAGAGAGAGUCUGUAUGUAGUACAGGCUGACUGAGAGAUGAAGAACCUCACAUGUGCAUGUAGGGGGAGCCUAGGAUCUGUGUUUACGCUUUUGACCUGGAGUUGCAAAGAGAGUUAAUUGUACUUAAAUUGCACAGCACUUUGAAAGUGAAAAGUGCUAACACUAAUUAAAAGCAAGUCACAGAAUCAUAAUUAGACAAGUGAGAUGGUCAGCGUACAUACAGGAGAGUAGACUAAUGUAAUUGGCUGUGAGUGUUUGACAGGGAGACUGCUAUUCCCAUAGGGAUGUUUCCAACACUUUGGGUCCAAUUCUGGAAGCCUCACUGAAAUCCGGAUCUGGCCCUUUGUCUAAAAAAGUUGCUUACUAUUACCCUAAUGGGAUGUGGCAAAUGAAGUCCUGCUUUGUAACAAGACAUCUGUAGGUGGGAUCUAAAAGCAUGAACCUCUACUGACUGAGCUAAAAGCUCAAAGGCUGUGUACAAACUCAUAAACCCCUAAGUGGAUGAGCCACUCUGGAAGUGAGUUACAUUUUUCCUGUCUUUUCCUGGCAAUUAAAGUGUUAGGAAACAUCAUCUUUGUUCACCAUUACAAACCUCAGAUGACCAAAAAGGUUGGAAAUAUGACAGAACUUCAAUUAAACUAGUUGACCUGUAACUUCCUGUGUAUUCUUGGUCUGAUUCCUGUGUGUAAUGUAAUCACUAUAGGGAGAACUGUUACCUCUCCCUUUAUAAAGAGAUUCUUACACUGACCUAGGCUUGACUUAUCUAUUUUUUUGUAUUGUUUAAAUACCUUUUAUGACAGGCUUAGAAAAACUAUAUAAAUAUUUAAUGUAAGAGUGACUAUUUUGGAAAUACAUUGCUACAGUUUGUAUCAAAAUGUGGAUGUGAUUUUUUUUUUUUUAUCUGCAGUCUGUUAAUCUAAAUAAGGCAUGAUUGAAGCUGAAUAAUUACAAGACUAACAUGACCCCAUUAAAAACUACAGCAUUUGUUGCCAGCUAACAUCACGUGUCUGACUCAAGCUUCCUGUUAGAUGUGUUAACCAUUCCGUUUUUCAGUGUGUUCUUUUUCUUCCAAAAGUCCAUUUCUAAGAAAUAGAACUCCUUUGAUUUAGCAUGAGUGUCAAGUGCAUAAACAAGCUCUUAUUUUUCCUCAACAGUUAAUCAAUGUGCAAAAUAUUGUAUUGUGAGAGGCUUGUGUGAACGAAUGUGACAUGAUCCAUAGGAGUAAAAAUUAAUGUCUGCAGAUCUUCUCUUUAGAAGAGGCACUGGAUAAUUUAUUUUUAAAAUUGUUUUUCCAAUAGACUUGUUAAAUCUAACCUACUUUGAUAUUUAAAAAGAUGCUUAUUUAAUAUCAAUAUAUUAAUAAAGAUUCAUUCAAAUAG